AUGCUAAAGCUCGCUAGAAUGCUCAUCCACCGAGGUAUGACUUAUAUAAAUAUGGAGCCAGAAGCUACCAUCAAAACUCUGACCGCAAAGGUAAAACCCAUAUAGGAAAUGAAAAACCUCGCAAAGCCAGAGUUUGCAAAAACCCCUGAGCUAUUUUACCCCACCCAGGUCUUCUCUCAAUUCGGCUUUCAUCGCGCAAAAUGUCCUACCUUCCUGCAUAACAAAAAUUUCUAUUUUUAAAUUAUUUUUAAUAAAAAUUAUAAAAUAAAUCCAUACACAAGGGAAAAAUAAGUGCGGAGCAAACUACUGGCGCCAUACUGAAGCUCGUGACACUUGUGGAGAUUCUAAUUGUGUCGGUUCUUAUCAAUUCAUAGGUGUUGGGACAGGCAAAGGCGCCAAAGGCAACAAAAUCACAUACGCCCAAGCUUGGGAAGGCUUCAGAAACUCGCUGACGUCAGCACGCAUUCCAUGCACAGCAAUCGAAAGAUACCCAGUUGUCGCCAGAUGGAGAAACGAUGUCGAAUACGUCGCAGCAGGGAUUUACUGUUUCCAACCUUACUGUGUGACAGGCGAAAUGAAGGCUCCAGCUAACCCUCUUAUUUGUCCACAAUUUUCAGUGAGAUUUAAUGAUCUCGACAAUAUAGGUAUCACUGGGAGGCAUUAUUCAGGCUUCAUUAUGCUGGGAUUACAGGUCUUUAACCUACCUGGGCAGUAUGUGUUUUUCAAAGAAGAAUGCGUAGAAUUUAACCUAAGAUGGCUGAUUGAAGAAUUACAGAUUGACCCUGACCAAAUUACCCUUAUUGAAGAUGUAUGGGCUGGAGGCGGGAACUUAGGCCCUUCUGUCGAGUACUUUGUAGGAGGCCUUGAAGUCGGAAACAUGGUGUUUAUGCAGUAUAAGACUUUUCCUGAUGGCUCAAGAGAAGAACUCCCAGUCAAAGUUAUCGAUGUAGGGAUUGGACUGGAAAGAAUCCCAUGGCUUAUCAAUGGAACUCCUACAAGCUAUAUGGAUGUCUUUAAAAACGCUUUUAACUGGCUCAAAGGGAAGCUGGAAAUUGAUGUAAACCAAGAAGUCUGGGAAAAAUUCGGCCCAUUGUCGUGCAGACUUAAUAUUGAUGAAGUUGACGACGUCGACAAGACUUGGCGAGACAUCGCAGGAAUGAUAAACCUUCCUGUAGAAACAGUCAAAGCGGCCAUUGCUCCUAUUAAAGAUAUGUACAUUGUACUAGACCACACCAGAACUGUCCUUAUGAUUAUCGAAGAUGGUUCAUUGCCGAGUAACGUAGGUGGUGGCGCCAAUGUGAGGAACAUUUUGAGAAGAGUUUUUGCCUUAUUAAAGAAAAAUGGCUGGUGGGAAAAAUUAGGCAUGGACGGACUUAUUGACUUAUUCCAAAUGCAUAAGGUAGAUUUAAGAGAAAUUUAUGGAGAAUUUAAAGAGUAUAACUCCCCCCCUCUGUGAGUAAACAAAAUCAUUAGAAAAAUCGCCAUUUUUUCAAAAAAUCCACCCUCCGUGAGUGAACAAAAUUUUUUUAUGGAAAAAAAAAUUUGAUAUAUAAGUGAUAAUUAGUAUAAUGAAAUCUAGAGCUAAUUCUGUUUAAUUUUAAGCAAAUUGAGUUCUAAAACAUAAAUUUUAUAAAUUAAAUUAACAUUUGCUUUCCAAUUUUUGCGAAUUAGGAUUUUUUUCAAUUUCGAAAAAAAAAUUUUCUAUAAAAUUUAUAUAUAGCUAUUUUUGGGUAUUUGCGUUGAAAGCAAUGAGGUUUGGGAUUGACGGCGAAGCCUAUUUCCUAUACAAAACGGGUUUUGUGGCGCAAGAAGAAAAUACUGAGUACCUUAACUAGGUCGAUAAAUGUUAGAUUUGCUUUUUUUUAAAACCACUAAAGUGUUAUAAGAUUACUUUGUCGUAAUUCCCUGCUGCUUGAGAAAGCAAGAACUUUGCUACUUUUACCUCCUGGCCCGUUUGAGAUUGGUGUGUUGAUUCCAUUUUAUUAAAAUUUUGACAAACCUAAAUGUUUUAGCUAGCCAUUUUAAAAUUGAAAUAUUAAAUAUGGACUCUGACAACACACUCAUUACUGUGAAUCAAAUUCCUCUAAUUUUACGAUUUGUGAAUUCAAAUUCAAGUAUGAUUAUGUUUAAUCAAUCCUGAUCUAUUCGGCCUUAUUCAAAUCCAAAAUAACAGAAUCUGAUUGUCAAGUUUAUCUCAAAGUGAAAUGUUUAGCUCAACAGAAUUUACUCUUAAAAUAAAAAGAAGUAUUGACUAUUAAUCGAAAUUUUAUUAAGUGCGAAACGCGGAAAGUAGAUUCUAGCAGCCCUGCAAGUGCUCAGGCUCCAGUAGCAAUUUGAAGAAAAAUCUCCAGUAGAAUUUAGAGAUAAAUGCAUUUCAAGAUGGUGAUAUAUAUUGGGCUUGGAUAAAUAGUACAUGAAACUAACUUUUCAGCUAAGCAAAAGUGCGAAACGCGGAAAGCAGAUUCUAGCAGUCCUACAAGUGCUCAUGCUCCAGUAGCAAUUUGAAGAAAAAUCUCCAGUAGAUUUUAGAGAUAAAUGCAUUUUAAGAUGGUGGUGUAUAUUGGAUCUGGAUAAAUGGCACAUAAAAAAAAAAUUUCAGCUAAGGAAAAAAGUGCGAAACGCGGAAAGCAGAUUUGAGCAGCCCUACAAGUGCUAAUGCUCCUGUUGUAGUUUGAAGGAAAAUCUCCGGUAGAAUUUAGAGAAAAAUAUAUUUCAAGAUGGCGAAAGUCAAGAUGAGAGUACAUACAAAAUGGUUCAUGAAAAAACCCUUCAGCUAAGAAAAAGUGCAAAACGCGGAAAGCAGAUUCGAGCAGCCCUACAAAUGCUCAUUCUUUAGUAACGAUUUGAAGGAUAAUCUCCAAUAGAAUUUAGAAAAAAAUGUAUUUCAAGAUGGUGAUGUAUAUUGGAUCUGGAUAAAUGGUACAUGAAACUAACUUUUCAGUGAAGAAAAAGUGCGAAACGCGGAAAGCAGAUUCUAGAAGCCCUACAAGUACUCAUGCUCCUGUAGCAAUUUGAAGGAAAAUCUCCAGUAGAUUUUAGAGAGCAAUGUAUUUCAAGAUGGUGUAAGUCAAGAUGAAGUACAUAAAAAAAAUGGCACAUGAAACGAACUUUUCAGCUAAGCAAAAGUGCGAAACGCGGAAAGUAGAUUCGAGCAGCCCUACAAGUGCUCAUGCCCCAGUAGCAAUUAUAAGAAAAAUCUCCAGUAGAAUUUAGAAAAAAAUGUAUUUCAAGAUGGUGUAAGUCAAGAUGAAGUACAUAAAAAAAUGGUACAUGAAACGAACUUUUCAGCUAAGUAAGUAAGUAAAAGUGCGAAACGCGGAAAGCAGAUUCUAGAAGCCCUACAAUUCUCAUUCUCCAGUAGCAUUUUGAAGAAAAAUCUCAAGAGAAAAAUGCAUUCCAAGAUGGUGGAAGUCAAGAUGCGAGUCCACACAAAAUGAUUCAUGAAAAACCUUUUCAGCUAAGCAAAAGUGCGAAACGCAGAAAGCAGAUUCAAGCAGCCCUACAAGUGCUCAUGCUCCUGUUGUAAUUUGAAGGAAAAUCUCCCGUAGAAUUUAGAAGUGCAAAACGCGGAAAGCAGAUUUUACUAUCUCUACAAAUACUCAUGCUCCAGUUGUAAUUGAAAAAAAUUCUCUAGUAGAAUUUAGAGAAAAAUAAAAUGCAAGAUGGUUCAAGAAAUGUAAGUGCAUCCAAAAUGGUACAUGAAACGAACUUCUCAGUUAAGAAAAAGUGCGAAACGCGGAAAGCAAAUUUUAGUUGUCCUACAAGUGCUUAUGUUUCCAAUUGUAGUUUAAAGAAAAAUCUUGAGUAGACUUUGGAGAAAAUAAAAAAAAUAGCAUAAUUAAAAAUUAAAAAAUAUACACUUUAAAGAAAGAAUAAAAACCUUGAUUAUGAAAAAUUGAGUCUUUUAGCUCAAUGAUUCCUCUAAUAUUAAGACUUAUAGCUUCAGAAGGAUUUUUAUCUCCAUGGGUUAAAAUUUAAUAAGUAGCCCCCAAAAUAAUUAAUAUUUCAAUUUUAAAAUGACAUGCUAAAAAAUUUAGGUUUGUCAAAAUUUUAAUAAAAUGGAAUCAACACACCAAUCCCAAGCAAGCCAGGAGGCAAAAGUGACAAAGGUCUUGCUUUCUCAAGCAGAAGGGAAUCACCACAAAGGAAUCUUAUGUGCACUUCUAGCUCAUAUCAGAUACUUCCUUCCGGAUAUCUUUCUAUACUCUACUCAGUAUGUUUCUUCUUGCACCAUUCGACCCGCUUUGUAUAGGAAAUAGGCUUCGCCGUCAAUCCCAAACCUCAUCGCUUUCAACGCAAAUACCCGAAAAAAGCUAUAUAAAUUUUUUUAAAAAAACAUUAACCCCUAUGUGAGUGAACAAAAUUUUUUUUGUUCAAUCACGGAGGGGGAGUAAGAGCUUCAGAAGCAUCAUUGAAGGAGAAUAUGAAAGAUGGACCAAGACUGAUCAAGAACAAAGAGUCAAGCUUGAAAAAUUGCUAAAGAAAAACAGUGGAAAAUUGACUAUUGAUGACUGGAUCUUAGCAAUGCAGUCUUGGGGCAUCCCAGCUGAUGUAAUUUCUCAGAUAUCAGGAAUUGAAGUCCCUGGAAACCUUUAUUAUGAAAUCGACUACAGAGCUCAGACCUCUGCAAAAGCCCCUGAAGUUGUUCUUUAUAACACUGCCCAUUUGCAAGAAACUGAAAGCCUUUACUACGCCAAUCAUCAUUUAUCCCAUGGCACCAGCUCAGUUGUCGAGAUUUUCCCUAAUGUGUCCCAAGGCAACCAAUUGAAUAUUUUAAUUCUUGAUAAAAGUGCAUUUUACCCUACAUCAGGAGGACAAGACCACGAUGAAGGAAAAUUAGUCCUUAAAGGAGAAGAAUACAAAGUUCUUGACGUCCAAAAAGUCGGCCACUGUGUCCUUCACAUUUUAGACCAUCCUAUCCCAGGUGAUCCAUCUGAGCACAAAAACGCUGAAGUUGAAUGGUGGAUUGAUAUGGACCGACGUAACCAGCUUAGACGUCACCAUACAGCUACACAUAUAGUUUAUGCUUCAAGUCGCAAAGUCCUUGGCCCUCACGUCUGGCAGCACGGUGCUAAAAAAACAGUCGACAACGCCCAUCUUGAUAUCACCCAUUACCGUUCUCUUACCCAUGAGGAAGAAAUGGCCAUUGAAAAUGAAGCCAACAGGAUCAUUUCUAACUGUGUCAGGAUCAAUAAAUUCUUCAUGAAUAAGACUGAAGCUGAAAAAGAGUAUGGGUUUAAUUUAUACCAAGGAGGUAUUGUCCCUGGAAACAGCUUAAGAGUUGUGAAUAUUGAAGGAGUUGACACAGAAGCCUGCUGCGGGACACAUUGUGAUAAUACUUCUGAGGUUGGCUGGAUCAGGCUACUAAAAACUCAUAGAGUUUCUGACGGGAUUGUAAGGCUUUACUAUGUGGCUGGAGAAAAAGCUAUUGCAAGACUUAAUGAAGAGGAUAAAGUGAUUAAUAGUCUUAAUGAGCUCUGGGGGAUUUCACUUAAUGAAAUUGUGCCGACUGCAGAAAGGUUUUUCAAUGACUAUAAGAAAUUAGAUACCAAGGUAAAGAAGCAAGAGCUCAAACUGCUGGAAUUGACAAUAAGGUGUAUAGCAUCUGAUCCUAACUAUAGACUUGCUUUAGUACAAAGUGACCAGAAAAAUCCAACACUUUAUUUCUCAUAUUUGAAGACUUACGCACAGCUGUUAAAAGACGAAGGGAAAGGAAUUGUUUUUGUUUCAGAUAAUUUUGUAUAUGGAUUAUUAGGAAAUCCAAACUUGCUUAGCGUUGACGCUUUGAAAGAGCUUUUAAGGACAACUAAAGGAGAAUCCGCGAAAUUGACUGUGAAAAAUAAAGUCCAAGACACUAGCUCCCCAAUAAUGUUUUAAUAAAGGAAUAAUUUAUUUAAAAUCCUAAUUAUUUCAAAGAGAGAAACGCUGAAAAUUCAGUGGAAAAUAGUAAGAACAAGAAAGCUAAAGCAGUUGAAGAUAUCAGCGAGUUUAGUUAUGUUGGAGAAGUUCCUCCUCAAGUUCAAGAAUUUUUAACCCAACAAGGUGGAAGAACAUUCGAGUAA